GGCGACGAACGAAAGCCCAACCCACGCCCCACUCGUCCAGUCCUCCCCGAAGCCGGCGGCGGCGGCGGCGGCGGCGGCGGACGAAGCAGCGGCAGGCCAUGGCGUCGUCGUCGACCCCGGCGGCCGUCCGCGAGAUGCACAAGGAUCUCGAGGUCCAGGCUAACGCCCUCAGCAAGAUCCAAAAAGACAUCGCGAAGAACCACCAGGUCCGCAAGCAGUACACCAUCCAGGUCGGCGAGAACGAGCUCGUCCUCAAGGAGUUGGAGCUGCUGAAUGAUGGGGCGAACGUGUACAAGCUCAUUGGACCGGUGCUCGUCAAGCAGGACCUUGCGGAGGCCAAGGCCAACGUCAAGAAGCGCAUCGAGUACAUCUCGGCAGAGCUGAAGCGGAUGGAUCGGGCGCUGAAGGAUUUGGAAGACAAGCAGAACAGCAAGAAGGAAUCGAUAUUCAAGUUGCAACAGAGGAUGCAGGCUGUACAAGCUAAGGCUUAGACACCUGCUUGCUGAAUGCAACUAGUCCAAGGCCUUCCUGCAACCACCCAUCCCAAUAGCAUCCGCUUUUUUUUGUGUGGAAUUAGGUGUCCAGUGUUCUGGUCUCUGAAAAGAAAGAUUGGUUGCGCCUGUAUUCAGGAUGUCCAGUGUUUAUGUGAGAUUCAAUCGUUCUUGACGUCUCUGUAGCAAAGAAUGUUAUCUGGAUGCUCUGAUGUAAAAGUCGGUCACUAGGUUGAAGGUGUAUGGUAAGCUUGUAGUGGUUUCUUUGGUUGAGCUUAUUGGUACACCAUUGCAUCUUGUGUCAUUUUUCCUUCUCUGUACUGGAUGCUUCUGAAAGAGGAAUGUUAGUCAAGGUAUAAUUAAGUUGCACGAUCGUUCACCCGCUUAA